UUUACUCGUACACGGCCCAUUACGGUCGUGUAAUGUAUGCGAAACCGUGUCUGUGUUUUACAUGCAUGUGUAUCCGAGUGCAGAGCGAUGGCUCGGUUGAUUAGCGCACUGCGAUAUGAACCCAGCGCCCUGAGCUUGACUUCCGGACACGGCUAACGUCAGUGGCGAGUGGUACCUGCACCGAUUCUGCGUGGUGAAGUGGGUUUUUUUUUACAAAAGGAUGUAAAUUAUGAUUACAUGGUUAAAUGACUGCGUAGUGUUUAGUGAUAGUAAUUGUUAUAAGUGCUACGUUAGUGUUUUGCAAUGAAAUGGGGUUUCACGGCUCACGUGUUUAUUUUUAAGUCGCGAUUGUUUUAAGACAAAUUGGUUGACCGCUUCAAUUUCAUACCUAAUUAACUGAAUUAUUUUAAAUGACAGCAGGUCCCCGCGAAAUGGCCCGUGGCUCUUGUAGGAGAUUUGCAGGCGCUGCCAUGCAUGACCGCGUUCUCAACCGCAGUGCGAACGCGCGCGUGUGAUGAUGCGGGAAAACGUAUGGCGCUGUCGCGAUUAUUGCAUGCGGACGUGGGGUACUCCAUGGUUCUAGCGAAGCGCCAGAGGUAGCAACUGGGAUACGGUUCGUAUCGGUGGAAAGGCUGGUACAAGUGGCUGGUGGGAUAGUUGAUUAGGGAUAGCACUCAGGGCAGGUUGGCUAUUUGGAAAGGCUGGCGAGUACUAGGAGCUGGUUGGCUAGUUGGUUAACGCUAGCGUUUUCUUGGCGAGUGCGCUCCACCGUAACACUUUGCCCCUCCCAUUGUCCUUUUCCCGUCUUUUUUGUCCACGUUUUGUGCCAUACACACAGCGUUAAUUGGGCUCGAAUUGGAACGCUGACAACUCGAACCCCCAGAGUGUGCACAUGUUACUCGCAGUAGAGGUUCGGGGCAGAAGUCAACCGCCUUGGUGGUGCUUGUGGCUUGCCGGCCCUGCUGUGCCAAGCAGAGGCCUCACCAGUCCCGGCUCGGCUGCCGGUACCAUGGAGGACCUCGCCCACCAGAUUGUGGAGCAGCACGUCGCCGAGGCAUCCCAGAUGACGCUGAUGGGGGCGCAGGCCACACUCGUGGGGAGCCCUCUGUUCAACAGCCCGCCGCAGAAAAUCCAGAUCGUCUCCACCGACCCCUCACUCGGCAAUCCUCACCGCAUCCAGGUCGCGGCAGUCAAAGGAUCAACGUGCGGUGGUGCGGCCUGGCAGAUCGUGACGGACCAGCAGACGGGCCAGAAGAUCCAGAUUGUAACGGCGAUGGAGACCGGCGGCACGCCACCCAAACAGUUCGUGUGGGCCACGGCGGACGACGGGCACGGCGGGGGCAAGCUGAUCCUGGCGGGCACGCCCGAGCAUGGCGCCCAGGGCGGCAAGAUCAUCCUCGCUACGCCUGACGGCCUCGGAAGCCGCCAGCUCAUCCUUACCACCCACGACGGCAGCGGCGGCACGCCGCAGCGUCUGCAGAUCAUCACGGAGCAGGCGUCCGGAGAGCACAUGGCCGGGCUGCGCAAGGACGACGGGCAGCAGAGGGCGGUGGACCCUGCGAGUGGCCUCCUCAAGCUGCCCGUCGAGUUCUGCGUCGUGUGCGGCGACCGCGCCUCAGGGCGGCACUACGGCGCCGUGAGCUGCGAGGGCUGCAAAGGAUUCUUCAAGCGCAGCGUGCGCAAGAACCUUAAAUACACGUGCCGUGGCAGCCAGGAUUGCGUAAUCAACAAGCACCACCGCAACCGCUGCCAGUACUGCCGCCUGCAGAAGUGCUUCAACGUGGGCAUGAAGACUGAGUCCGUGCAGUGCGAGCGCAAGCCGAUCGAGACGAUGCGCGAGAAGCCGGCCAACUGCGCCGUGUCGUCCGACAAGAUCUACAUCCGCAAGGACCUCCGCAGCCCCAUGGCCGCCACGCCCACCUUCGUCACGGACAAGGACACGUCGCGGACGGCUGGGCUCUUUGACUCGGGGAUACUGGUGAGUGUUCAGCAGCCGCUCUUAAGGAAUGAGAGCGCUCUGCUGAUGGAGACGAGCCAGGGAGACCUGAGCACCCUGGCCAAUGUCGUGACAUCACUCGCCAACUUCGGCAAGGGCAAGGAGGACUCGCCGGGAGCCACCACGACCGCCGCCAACACCAGCGCCAGUUCUGCCAGCUCCUCUGGGGAGCUGCCCGGCCUGGACACGCUGAGCAACGGAGAAACCUCGCUGACAGAGAUCGCCCCCGACAGCCAGUCGGCCAGCGAGAUCACGCGGUCAGCGGCAUUCGACACUCUGGCCAAGGCCCUCAAUGCGAGCGAGGGCGGCGGUGGCGGGGAAGGGCCCGAUGGUGCGGCCUCCAUAACCGGUUCUAACUCCACGAGCCUGCAGCUCAUGGGCGCCAACGACCAGAAUCUCCCGGUGAUCGAGAUCGACGGCCCGCUCCUCACCGACACGCACGUCUCCUUCAAGCUGACGAUGCCGUCGCCCAUGCCUGAGUACCUGAACGUUCACUACAUCUGCGAGUCGGCGUCGCGCCUCCUCUUCCUCUCCAUGCACUGGGCACGCUCCAUCCCCGCAUUCCAGGCCCUGGGGCUGUGCAGCCAGGAGGGCAACACGGGGCUGGUGCGGGCCUGCUGGAACGAGCUCUUCACGCUGGGCCUGGCGCAGUGCGCCCAGGUUAUGAACCUUUCCACCAUCCUCACCGCCAUCGUCAACCACCUCCAGGCCAGCCUGCAGCAAGACAAGCUGACGACAGAGCGGGUCAAGGUGGUGAUGGAGCACAUCUGGAAGCUACAGGAGUUCUGCAACAGCAUGAGCAAGCUCAACGUGGACCCUUACGAGUACGCCUACCUCAAGGCCAUCAUCCUCUUCAGCCCCGACCACCCGGGGCUCGUCAACACGGCGCAGAUUGACCGCUUCCAGGAGAAGGCGCACGUGGAGCUGCACGAGUACAUGAGCAAGAGUUACCCCGACGACCCCCACAGGCUAGCGCGGCUACUCCUGCGGCUGCCGGCGCUCCGUCUCAUGAGCUCCAACAUCACGGAGGAGCUGUUCUUCGCGGGGCUUAUCGGCAACGUGCAGAUCGACAGCAUCAUCCCCUACAUUCUGCGCAUGGAGACGGCCGAGUACAACAGCCAGAUCACGGGCACCAGCGCCUGAACGCACGUGCGCCUGAACGCACGUGCGCGUCGCCGGCAUACCGGAUUGGACCGACUCCCGGUGGACUCCUGCGGUCGCUGGAGAAGUCCAGCAAUGCUGCCGAAUCGCCAUGGCCGCAUGAAUCCGCUUCCAGGACCGUGUCCUCGUUGUAACCGCACCUUCGCCGCGACGUGGGUCGCGCCACUGUACGGCUGACCGACGUUUUCCUUGGGCCACCGUUGUCGCCACCACUACCAGACUGCGUUGCCGCACCGGUGGCCCCAGUUUGUGGUGGGGGCGGGGCUUCCAUGUGCCGUGUUGACUUUUCAACUCUGGCUUGAGCGUGGACUCGUUCGGACUUGCGUGGCUGGCAUGACCACCGCCACUGCUGCCGUUUACCACGGUCAUGGUGCUGGCGUCGCCACCGCCAUGUGGCCAGGUGGAACUUUGUCGACGUAAGAGUUUGGAAGAACCCUUCAGCACGAAACAGGAGGCGUCUUUUGUGCAGCAUGCGCAAAGACCAAGCUGCACACACUCGCACACGCCGCACAGUGUUACAAAAGAAAUGUGGUGCGGACGGGCCAGGCUUGCCAAGCUGCUACAUUGCUGUGACACCGUAGAGGGGUUCAGAGGGGAGGUGAAGGGAAAUACCCCCCCGUCCCCAGGCCUGAGGUUCGAAGGCUACAGAGUUUGGUCUCCUCCCUCUGGGUGUUGUGUUGCGGAGCGUUCCACCUUGCCCAGGUCAUCACGGGAGUGUUUCCUGCCACAACCCCCGGCUCGCACAACCACAGUGGGAGUGUGUGCUUGCGCCUGUGUAUUUUACUCAACUUUGUCAGGACAAUCAAGGAGUUUUCCUAAUCUGUCGUGUACGUUUCCUCCCAGCGGUGGUGGAGAUUUAUUUAAAAAUUGCUCAGUAUUUUUUUAUUUUAUAGAGCGACUAACGCGCCGAUACGAUUCUGGCUUUUGAAUCAACAGCAAGCGCCGUGGACGAGCAGCGCAUUUUGUACAUUCACUCUGCUACUUGGUUCACUCGGCGUAUUGCCCUCAUUUUUUUAUUUGAGAUUUUUUUAGGCAUCUGAGUCGACAAAUAUGUUCCACCGGAACUGCCCCCUCCCCCCCCUUGUUGUUGGUCAGCCUCAUCCAUUUUAAUUGCGUAUGUGUGCCGUCCAACAUCAGCUCAGUGGAAACGACCGCCGGCUUGACCUCUCCCAUGAGUGACACUCGUCCGCGGGGCCACGUUCUCCACUGCUAAGUGAGACCGCGGAGAUGCCACAAAAGUUGGUGCUCGCGCCGGACUGGGUGCUGCUGUGUUGGCGACUAGCCGGUUCUACUGAGACAGGAGCUACCAACACCACCACAAAUUGCCGCGUGGCCGCCGGGUUCUCCCUGGAGGCGUCCACGUUAAAGUCGACAGCCCAGCGGUCCCGAAUCAGUCCCGGAUCGAAUCCGAAUCCUUGCACUUCACCGGAACAUGGCAGGCAGACCAUGAGCUGUGCUCCCACCGCCACCACUACGUGCUUGUUUUAGCUGGAGUCGUGCUGUAAAAAAAAAAACAUUCUUUUUAUGAUCUGUAUAAUUUGUUUUAUAUUAAAAAAACCCCUGCUACUUCCUGCUGGAACGAUCGCGGUAGUUUUUGUGGCACUGGGGACGCCAGCGGAGAGGAGUGUUUUGGGGCUGCGCCAGGGUCCAGCACUCCCAGCAAAUCAGGCGACGGCACUCCCUGGGGAAGCGUGAAACGAAGCUGGUGUAGGCGUCCCAGCUGGUGCCAAGAGCACAGCCCAGAGCAGUCAGGGGGUGCCCCAACAUUCGCUACCGAUUGAAUCUGGAGCCAUUAAGAGCUGCCAACACUAAUUGCCUCUUUUUAGUAGGUGGUAACAACUCUUUAUCAAAGCGUGCAUAUUGCAGUGGGAUCACCUACGCAAACGAGUAGGCGUGCAAUUCGUGCGCGUGCGAAUUUACUUUGUUCUGCGAAUCUCCAUAUCACUUGAGACCUGACGCAUAUUGGUCAAAAUGCAUUUCACUCAUUUCACUGUCGCAUAAGCGACUCCAUAGUCGAGAAGAAUUGGGCGCUCGGCCCAAACGUCUCCUUGCUCUUCCCAGGCGAGCGUGUUCUCCAGGCCCAGUGUCUUACCCGAGCCAGGUGAACACCUGGGCUGUCCACCUGUUCGAUCCACGUGUUAUACCUAGCAGACCUCGGAUCAAAUUAAAAUUACAAAUGCAACAGUAUUGCGAUUUCCAAUGACUGCUACAAGUACAUUCAUUACAAAUUACAGUUACCAUUGUACCAUUGUAAUUGACACCAGGUAUGACCUGAACCAGCAUUUGCACCCAAGGAGUCCCCUAUCUAAGCCAUGUGUCACACAGUUUCACAGGUCUGUAUUCCACCUGGGGUGAGACCAGGGGUUAAUUUCAGCCGAGGUCUGUCCGUGUCGGUAACCUAAAACAUUAACCUCUAGCGCCUCGCAUCCAAUAACAACCACAGCUAUGGUUGUGGCGUGCUACUGAUCACGCGCCACCUACUCCAGUCUACCAGCGACCGGAAAUAUACUCAGAAUGUUAUUCCUGUUUGAGAUCAUAUUUUACAUGUCAGCCCCGCGUUCUUCCUCUUGGCUGGUAUCAGCAGGCUACGAUUGGUCUUGGAUGGAGGCUAUUACGUCUCUGCCAUUCGUCACACUCUUUAGCGCGUCGUGUAUGUGUACAUCUUCAUGAUCGUUAUAUUAUAAUACGAGAGUUGGAAGCGGUUUUAAUUGACUGGAUACUUGGAAUAUUUAGAUUUGCGCUGGAGCAACACGAGGCGCUGGCUGUGUGCUAUUGCUCCGCGUGUAGCUGCUUUAAAGUCGCCGUUUUGUACCUCUCUCGUCUCUUCUGUUGUCACAGCCUCCGACCGGGACUCGGAGCUCAGGCCCUACCAUGGAAUAAAAAAACACCCCUGCGAACUCA